AUGUCGUUACUCAGCGACUCGUUCACCAGGCCGCGAAUGCCCUCGCCUUCCCCCAGUUUCGCACGCAUGACCGCCGCCAUCAGCAUUCCCAGCUCCAGAGGCAGCCCAGCUUCCACGCCCUCCUAUCUCAAUGGCUCUCUCCAGUCGACCCCCGAGGGCAUGGUGCCUAUGAUAUCGAGCUCGCUUCCAGCCGUGCCGUCGUACAGUCUUCCCGAAUCCCUUCUGCCGCCGCCGCCAAUGACAGCUGCCCCUACCUCGUCUCCCUCCGCCAUGGCCGAGGCUCUAGGCAAGGGACCCGGCUUGAUUCGAAGGGUCAGCCGCGGUGCCCAGGGCAUUCCAAAUCGCUUCCGCCGGAACAACUCACAAGCACACCGGGACAGAAGUCAGGGACCAGUCGUCAUGCGCCGACGCAGCGACAGCAGGACUGCUGCUGACGGCGAGGCCUGCGUCUCCGACUUUGACGCCUUCGAGGAGGAAGAGGCCAUCGAUGAUGUCUAUGGCGAGCCCAUCAAUGCGCUGGGCAUCUCGAGCACACAGCCUAGCGUCAGCUCCAUACCCGAUUCCACCGUCGUAGCCCCGGUGCGCAACUCUCGCCUUGAACAAGGCACUGUGUUGAGGAAGGUUACCAAGAAGGACAAGAAAGAAAUCAACCUGCGUCUCGAUCUGGAAUCCGCAAAGGUGUUUUGGGACCCUUCUCGACCGUCCAAAUGCUUUUACAUUGACGAUGUAAGAGAAAUUCGCUCAGGUCCCGAGGCUAGACACUACCGUGAGGAAGUUGGCCUCUCAGAAAACUGGGCCCCGUACUGGUUCACGAUUGUAUACACAGACACAUCUCGAACCAAGGGCCGCAUACGGACCAUGCACCUCAUUGCACCUGAUGUCGGUGUGUUCAACAUGUGGACGGAAACGCUCGAAUCGGUGUCACGCAAUCGUAUUGACAUGAUGGCCGGCCUGCUUGGCUUUGCAGACAAGAGCGCUAAGCUUGUGUGGCAACGCGAGAUGAAGAAGCGCUCGAAUGGUGUCGAUGCUCCGGAUUCCUUGGACUUCCCCAGUACCAUUGAGUUGUGCCGUAGCCUGCACAUCAACUGCACCGAGGCCACGCUUCGUAUCUACUUCAACAAGGCCGACACUCUGCAGACAGGCCGGCUGAACCAAACACAAUUCUUGUACUUUGUCAGGCGUCUGAAGGAGCGCAAGGACAUCAAACAGAUCUACAAGUCCUUUCAAUCAGGAUCGAAAGUGGAAAUGGACAAAAACACCUUCUUCUCGUUCUUGCAGCACGAACAGGGCAUCGAUGUUAACGAGGACAUGGAGCACUGGACCAGCACCUUCGAGAAGUUUGCACGUGCUACAAAGACCAAGGCGACCCCAACAGAAGGUGGCGAGAUCCCGUUGCCCCCAACGAUGAGCUUCCCUGCCUUCCAGACCUUCUUGGUUUCGCCUGCCAACUCCAUUCUCAAGCCCGUCGACAAAGACCUGCAGCUCAACCGUCCUCUGAAUGAGUAUUUCAUCUCGUGUUCGCACAACACCUAUCUUCUCGGACGUCAGGUCGCAGGCGAAUCAAGCACCGAAGCGUACAUCACUGCCCUCCAGAAGGGAUGUCGAUGCAUCGAAAUUGACUGCUGGGACGGUAGUGACGGCAAGCCUGUCGUCAUGCAUGGCCGCACCUUGACCACUAGUAUCUCAUUUCACGACACAAUCAAGGUCGUCAACAAGUAUGCCUUUGUCGAGUCCGAGUACCCCCUCAUCUUGUCGCUAGAGGUACAUUGUACCGCUGAUCAACAAGCGUCAAUGGUCAAGACCAUGUGUGAGGAGUUCGGCGACAAACUGGUCCUCAAGCCUCUAGACUUCGAGUCUCAGACGUUGCCUUCUCCAGAAGAGUUGAAGAACAGGAUCUUGAUCAAGGUUAAGGCUGCUUCGGAAGAGCUGGACGCUAGAGCUCUAACCAACGAGCUCACAACACGAAGACGAGAACGCAGCUUCAGUUCGCCUUGGUCUCGCCCCAUCCAAAUGAACGAUAAUGCCAUCCCCAACGCACCUCUCGUCCCAAGCCCACCUUCGAUGAGUCCCCCAGAACGUGCGGCCAUGUUCUGGGCAUCGCCUCGUACCUCUACCACUUCAACGAACAACACCGUCCCUACCUCGGCGCUCGUCAGCUCAGCUGAAGACAGUGAUAGCCCGCAAGUGACUGCAGCCGAGGAACGCAAAAAGCCAAAGAAGACCAAAACAAGCAAUAUUACCAGGCUUCUUGGGGAUCUCGGUGUCUACACCAAAGGCUACAAAUUUACCGACUUUACUUCCAGCGAUGCGCAGACGUUUAACCACAUCUUCUCCGUCAACGAACGUGGCUUCGAGAAGAUGACCAAGCCUGGCUCACGUGAGAAGCACCUGCUUGAGGCGCACAACAUGCGAUGCCUGAUGCGUGUCUACCCUCACGCUUUCCGAAUCAACUCCUCUAACUUUGAUCCUCUAAAAUUCUGGAGGCGCGGAGUACAGAUGGCUGCUCUCAACUGGCAAACGUACGACCUCGGACAGCAGCUCAACGAAGCCAUGUUCGCAAGUGGCAACGACCGUACAGGCUACGUAUUGAAGCCUGCUGAUUUACGCCUGGAGCAAACUCCUACCCAAGGCCAAAACAAAGCUCCUAAAAAGGAGGUCAAAUUUGCUGUGAGGAUCAUCUCGGCCCAGCAGCUACCUCGUCCUAGGGGUCUUUCCCAAGACGCCAACAUCAACCCCUAUGUUGAGUUUGAGAUGUACAGUGCCGAAGACAAUGGUGCUAACGCUGUCGGUGUUGGUGGGCAAGACGCUUCUGCGCGUAAUGGGCACUCGGGUAUUGGCAAUCCACUGCGCAAGCGCACUCGCAUAGUCGAGGGCAACGGAUACAACCCAGUGUUCGACAGCGAGCUGCAGUUGACCGUUCGCACGCGAUUCCCUAGUCUAGUCUUUGUGCGCUGGACUGUCUGGAAUUCACUCGAUGCUCGCACUACCAACCAUGCUCCGCUAGCGACCUUCACGGCUAAGCUCAACAGUAUUCAACAAGGCUACCGCCAUCUGCCCUUGUUCGACAGCAAUGGCGAACAGUACUUGUUUUCGACAUUGUUCUGCCAGAUCAAGAAGCAGGACAUCAUCGAUGCGCCAGAGCAAGUGCUGGAACGUACUGGUUCUCGCAGGUCUUCCAUUGAGCCUGCCAGUCCUUCUAUCGAAGCCAUAAACGCCAACCCGAAGCGCAGUUUCGUCAGACGCUUGAUAAGUCGGGCUCCUAGCGAGCGUAGCAAGCGCAGAGAGGAGCGCAUAACUAGCGAGUCUCGCGAGUCAGACCUAGACUCGAUAAGUCGCUCCAGCACAUUCGAGCGGCAAUAA